AUGAUCUUCAACACCCUCCGCACCCGCGCCAGCGUGGCCCGCACCCUCGUCAAGGGCGGCCAGGCCGCCGCACAGAAGCGCUUCCUCUCGCUCCACGAGCAUCAGUCCAUGGAGAUCCUCAACAGCUACGGCAUCAAGACACCGCGCUCCAUCGCCGCCACCUCGGCCGACGACGCCUUCAAGGCCGCCCAGUCGUUCAACGGAAAGCAGAUGGUCAUCAAGGCCCAGGUCCUCGCCGGCGGACGCGGCAAGGGCCACUUUGACUCGGGUCUCCAGGGCGGCGUCCACCUCAUCAAGACGCCCGAGGAGGCGCGCGACCUCGCCGCAAAGAUGAUUGGCAACAAGCUCAUCACCAAGCAGACGGGCGCCGCCGGCCGCAUCUGCAACGCCGUCAUGCUCGCAGAGGCCCGGCCGCCGCACCACGAGUACUACGUCGCCGUCCUCAACGACCGCGCCACCCAGCUGCCCGUCCUCAUCGCCUCCAACCAGGGCGGCAUGUCGAUCGAGGAGGUGGCCGCCGAGAACCCGGACGCCAUCAUCACCACGCCCAUCGACUUUGAAAAGGGCCUCUCCAAGCAGGACGCCGUCGGCAUCGCAAAGAAGCUCGGCUUCACCUCGGAGAAGCAGGAGGACCAGGCGGCCGACACCUUUAUCAAGCUCUACAACCUCUUCCGCGAGAAGGACGCCACCCAGGUCGAGAUCAACCCGCUCGCCGAGUCCAAGGACGGCGAGGUGCUCUGCAUGGACGCCAAGCUCGGAUUCGACGAAAACGCCGACUUUAGGCAGCAGGACAUCUUCAGCAAGCGCGACACGACCCAGGAGGACCCCGACGAGGUCGAGGCGGCCAAGUACGGCCUCAACUUUAUCAAGCUCGACGGCAACAUUGGCUGCCUCGUCAACGGCGCCGGCCUGGCCAUGGCCACCAUGGACGUGCUCAAGCUCAACGGCGGCAACCCGGCCAACUUCCUCGACGUCGGCGGCACCGCCUCGGCCGCCUCGGUCAAAAAGGCGUUUGAGCUGCUCCUCAACUCCAAGGACGUCCGCGGCAUCUUUGUCAACAUCUUUGGCGGCAUCGUCAGCUGCAAGAAGAUUGCCGAGGGCAUCAUCCAGGCCACAAAGGAGCUCGAGAUGUCGAUCCCCCUCGUCGUCCGCCUGCAGGGCACCCACGAAAAGGAGGCAAAGGAGCUCAUCCGCAACUCGAACCUCAAGAUCUACUCGUUUGACGGCCUCGACGAGGCCGCCGCAAAGGCAGUCGAGAGCGCCCAGAAGGGUGCCCUCUGA